GGUAAGUCUUUCGUCUGGUGCUAGCGUUCUAUGGAUAACCUUUCGGGAAGCAGAAUGGGUUCCAGCCAACAGUUUUCUCUCAGAUGGAACAAUUAUUUAAAACACAUCACUUGUGCUUUCGACACAUUAAGGACAGAUGAGGAUCUCGUGGAUGUCACUCUGAGCUGCGAAGGCAAAAGAAUUAGGGCACAUAAAAUGCUUCUGUCAGCAUGUAGUACAUAUUUUAGAGAUUUAUUUAAGGAAAAUCCGUGCCAGCACCCCGUGAUAAUAUUCCGUAAUGUCAAAUUCGAUGACUUGGCUGCCUUGGUCGAUUUUAUGUACCAAGGCGAAGUAAACGUUGUACAAGAACAGCUAGCGAGCUUUCUCACAACAGCAGAGCUCUUGGCGGUGCAGGGCCUUACGGAUGGCACAGGGAAAGAUGAUAAUCUAGUAGAGGAUGACAUAGAAAUUCCCAACGAGCCUGAAGUUCAACUGCAGAACACUUCCGGUAAAUCGUCGAGUGAUAACAAGAGGAAUAAGUCCCCGUCGUCUCCGAUGCCAUACCAUGCCGUCGAAUUGCAACCCGAAGUGCCGCCGAACAAGAGGAGAAAAAUUCGAGAGAGUUCGAAUGUGAACGCGGAGAAGAACUCGGCGGGGAUCAACGCGAAGGAUUCCGACGGGAAGACGUCGGAAAAUCAGUCGGGGUUGGGCUCGGAUCCGGUCGAGAUAAUUCCCCUUAUGCCGAACUUGAAGCUGGAGAUGCCGGAAUACCUGGAGCAAGACGGUAGCAGUUGUAGUUACGAAGAUCAGAGUAUAGGCGACAAUACGCUGAAUAAAAUCGCCAUAGACGACACGUCGUCGACUACCCCCGAUCACGAACAGAAGCUCGACAUUAGUCAGACAUUUUACUCGAGUCAGUCGACAUCGGACGGUUUGGACGGCAAACAUCAGUCAGAUGUUGGACACCUGCUAUCUAAACCAAGUACUUCGGGAGAGAGGUCAUCACAGGAGGUACAGGAAUCAGAGCACAAUUACGGGAAGCAUCAACCGCUACCACCACUACAACAACAACAACAACAACAACAACUACCACCUGCGCCACCGCAGCAAAUGAGCCUCGUUCUCGACGGGGCCAGGCGCAGAUCUAAGCUGCACUACGUGGUGGAAAGCGGUCGUUGGGUGUGCGACGUCUGCGGCCGAACCUACAAUCGUGGCGAUUCCCUAGCCCACCACCGCAGUAUACACAGGGGCGACACGAUCUGCCCGAUCUGUCAGACCGUCUUCACGCGAAAGUACACCAUGCGCUGCCACAUGGUGAACGUGCACGGGGUCAAGUAAUGACGUGCGAAAUGCGGCCGCGGAUGUGCGCGGGGACGGGGACACGAUAGAGAAACUCGAGGGACGAAGCGCGGUCUUCGUAACAGAAUUGGGCAGGACACUUUGGGGUUCGUCUAAUUUUUAACGUCACAUUCGCGAAAAGUUAUAGGGCAUCCAUAAAGAAAAAGGAUUUACGUCUCUGGAAGACGAUAAACCAUGUAAGAACGUACUUAUAUCGUGCGCGGAUGUACGAUCGACGUCAGUAGACGUACCAUAUGUUCGACUUUGACGAAACGUGACUAGUCUCUCGCGGGUAUGAUAGUCGAUUACGUCGGUUUGGACGGGUCAGAGAUUUGAGAUUUUCGGAUAAUUGAAAAGAUCUUGAGGCUUUCGGAAAAACCCGCGACUUUUAGACUCUUGCUUGCGAAAGGUUCUGGGAAUUUAAGAUCCAGCGAACGAAGUUAACUUUAUUAUGCAUACAUAUUUGUUUAUAGCAGUAGCUUUGAAAUAUCUUGAUAUGCGUCACUAAUUAAGUCUUUUGAGUUUUUAUCUAUUUUAUAAAAA